GAGAGGUUAUCAGCACUUGUGUAGCUACUUCAUAGCAACUGCACAUCUCUUUCCCCGAAAAAUAAGGACUUUGCACUCAAAAUUGUGUAAUUUUCGUGAUCUUUCACACAUAUAUGAGGGCUGGUGGUCCCCCGUGCUCAUGAGAGACGUGGCCGCUGUGCAGGACGGUAAUCCCGGGGAAAACAAGUACCCUGUGCCGCUGGACUGCUGCGGAGGACUCAGCAACGUGGAUUACUCCAAGAUGGACGUGACCCUGAUGAAAGAAGUCCUGAAAUACAUCAACUUUCGAGACUCCAGCUUUUGCAUCGCAGUGAUCGCCAUCAUCUUUAGUCCAUUAUUCUGGAAUGUGGUGGCCAGAUGGGAGCAUCGUACUCGCACCCUCUCAAAACUCUUCGGCAGCCCCUCGCUGGCGUGUUACUGCCUGGGGUUCAUCAUCAUCCUGCUCAACGUCUACCGCAGCCACAGCAUGACGGUGGCGAUGAGGCUGCAGGCCCGCUGGGAUCUGAUGGAGCGGACGGAUGUGUUUUAUGUCGGUGUAGCUCUGAUGGUUCUGGGCACGGUGCUCGUGGUGGGAAGCUUCCUGCGUCUGGGGUUCACUGGAACCUUCCUAGGUGAUUAUUUUGGUAUCCUGAUGGAGGAGAAGGUGACCUGCUUCCCCUUCAACGUCUUAGAGAACCCGAUGUACUGGGGCAGCACCGCCAACUACCUGGGACUGGCUCUCAUAGGGGCCAGUCCUGUCGGUCUCGUACUGACUGCGAUAGUCGCCGUGGUUUACAAGGUGGCGAUAAGAAUCGAGGGACCGUUCACCGAGCAGAUCUAUCUGGAGAGGAGUCAGCGGCGUAAACUUCAAUAAUCAACCCCCACACACACCCACACACACGACCCGGCACUUCCUGCUCCUGAUCCGGCCGGACAGACUGACACGCGGACGGACUGAAGGACAAACAAAGCUGAUCAUAAAUCUGUCACCAUGAAGGAUUCAAGCGUACGGAAGAGGAUUAGCGCCACAGUCAGAAUUCGGAGAAGAAAGUCACAUUUUGUUUACGUUAGGUCACAUCCAAAGAAAGGUUUCGAAUGGCCCUUAUCCUCUUCCGUACCAAGGUUCACUGCAGCUGCAUUACAUAUUUUGUUUAUGAUCUUUAAUGAAUGUUGAAGCUACAUUGAGCCAUAUUUCUCAGGUCAUUUUGGACAUAUUUGAGUUAAAGAGGCCCUAUACAUCUUUCUGGGGUUUCUCCCCUGUAGUGCUCUAUAGAUUUCAGUGCAUGUAAAUGGUCUGUAGAGGCUCAAAACCCUGCCUGAAACGCCUCCAUUGCACUCCUUUGUUUACUUCAGGAACACUGACACAUUGUCCGUGAUAGGCUAAGGGGCGGGACAUCUCUACGCUGUUUGACCAAUCACAACAGACCGGCCAGCUAACCAAUCAGAGCAGACUGGGCUCUGGUUUCAGACAGAGGGUGAAAAGAGGCAGUAUGAGA